CGACGAAAUCCCAGUUAGCGGCGCGCUCCCACUCGGCCUUGAAUGGGGGCAGUCCAACUCUUCACUCUCCACUAGCACCUCCCUUGUCUCUUCGCUCGACACGCCGGUAGUUCACCCUCACCCUUCGCUGCCACCGCCGGUCACAAGCUAGCUCGGUAGCUCGUCCUAAAAGAAGAAAUAGUAGAAAAAAGAAAGUCCAGCGUCGAGUUCGGGCCAGCGAAGCGAACCGACGGGCGCAGCUGUGAGUGCGAGCGUGUCCAGGAAUGAGCAAUGAUGGCCGGUUGUGCAGCAGAGGAGAAAACCUUCCGACGGUUCCUGGAGCUCUUUCUCCGGGAGAUGAGCCCUCCUCUGCAGGACAGCGACCCGCUGCCCUCGCGCCCUUUGACGGACCUGGUGUGCGAGGACGAGGUGGAGGGGGAAUGCCUCGAUUUGUGUCUGCAACACCUCUACAAAUAUAACUGCCCGUGCUCGCUGGCUGCGGCCUUGGCAAGGGCCACGUCUGACAGCAUCCUGCAGAGCGACCUCACCAUUCACCACCUCAUCAAGAGUGCCGAAGACGGAGUCGGGCCCUUACCGCAGAUCGAGGCGGUGAAGUUGGCGCGACUCAUCUUCAAGCGGCUUUUCGAGACGUGCGGUGCGUGGACCAAGGAGCUGCCCUACCGGCGCCGCCCGCAGCCCUACUACGAGACCUCCAUCCACGCCAUCAAGAACAUGAGGCGCAAGAUGGAGGACAGACACGUCAUUAUCCCUGACUUCAACACGCUCUUCAACAUUCAGGAUCAGGAAGAACAGGCAUUCUUCGCCGUGUUUGACGGACACGGAGGCGUUGACGCCGCCAUUUACGCGGCCAACCAUCUCCACGUCAACCUGGCGCGUCAGGACUCCCUAUCGCAAGACCCCGGCGAGGCCCUCCGUCGCGCCUUCAAAAUCACCGACGAGCAUUUCGUCAAGAAAGCCUCACGCGAGAACCUGCGCUGCGGUUCGACGGGCGUGGUGACGUUCCUCCGUGGCCGAACGUUGCACGUGGCCUGGCUGGGGGACUCCCAAGUCAUUCUGGUCCGCCGGGGAGAAGUGGUGGAGCUGAUGAAACCGCAUAAACCAGACAGAGAGGAUGAGAAACAAAGAAUCGAAGCUCUGGGAGGCUGCGUUAUCUGGUUCGGGACGUGGAGAGUUAACGGGAGUCUGUCCGUAUCUAGAGCCAUAGGCGAUUCGGAGCACAAGCCCUACAUCUGUGGGGACGCCGACCACGCCGCCUUCCCGUUGGACGGCUCGGAGGACUACCUGCUCUUGGCCUGCGACGGCUUCUGGGACACGGUGAGUCCCGACGAAGCGGUGCGCGUGGUGAGCGACCACCUCCAGGAGAACGCCGGCGACACCGCCAUGGUGGCGCACAAGCUGGUGGCCUCGGCUCGCGACGCCGGCUCCAGCGACAACAUCACCGUCAUCGCCGUGUUCCUGCGGGACCCGCGAACCCCUCCGGCGCCCACCAGCACCGAGGAGGACGAAGACGAGGGCCCGGCGGAGGUCGAGCCGGAAGAGGAGCCCGCGGCGGAGGCGGAGGAGGAACCCGAAGAGGAAGAAGAAGAGGAGGAGGAGGCGGCCCGGGCCGAGCGAAGCGGCGAGGCGGGCAGCGCGGCGGACAACGGGGGGAAAAGCCGAGGAGGGUGGCCCCUGCAGCAGUGCUCGGCCCCCGCCGACCUGGCCUACGAAGACCGCACGGACUCUUUCACGGACAGAACCAGCCUCAGCCUGCUGGGGCCCGCCCUCGGGGGCCGCGUCCCUUCCUUCUUAGAUAAACGCCCAUUGAGGCGCAGGUACCGCCGCACUUUCACGGACCUGCCGGGGCCCUGGACCGCCUCGCCAUUCGGCCGGGUCCCCGGGCCUAGCCGCUUGUUCGCGAGCCCGAGGUGCCGCCGCAGAUUCGCCGAGCCGUUUAGCUCGGCGCCCCUCCGCGGGCCGGGAGUGGCCCUGCCCCGACUGCCCUGCGACACCGCCAUCUGACGCCCCACCCCGAACACCGAACCGCUUCCCUCCUGCUUAACCUCCUCUGACCCGACACGUUUUUUUGGGGUGGUUUCUUUUCAAAUAGUUUAGAUAGUCGUGGCUCCUGCGUUCGUAAACGUGACAAUUGACUGGUCCUGUCUGUCCAAAAACAAAAAAAAAAAAAGCAAAUGUAAAUGUCAGCAAGCCCACCAAACACAAGCUUUGCUCCAAAGUAUACGUCAUCUCGAACGCUACAAAGUCACUACACUGACGGUUCGGCUCACCCGACGGCACCGACGUCGUGUUUUCGUUGCGCUUCUUUUGACGCCAAACGAACCGAACCGACAAACGGCGCCCGAGCCCACGUUGGCUUUCAAGUUUUUUUUUUUUUUUUGGGCACCGGCGCCGUUGACCUCUGGUACCGCCGCCGACCCGACCCAUUAUCCACCCGUGGCUCGUCUACAGAUAAGAGCACUUAAACGGCGGAUUACGGGAGAUUAGUAGUCACUUACCUGAUUAAAUGCGGUAUCGUUCUCCGCCCCAGGGGAUUUAGCCCCCACGUUAAGGUUUUUUUUGGGAGAGGACAAAAGGCCGUUUGGGUAUAUGCGUUCCGUUGACGUCGUUAUUGGCGAACACAGAGUGGACUCUUUGAAAGCUACAGAACAUGUGCCUUCUGUCAAAGCCUUCUUUCCUCAAAAACAAACACGUCACCGUUUAGUCGUUAUCGUGUUUGUGCCACUUUUCCCGACAAAAAUCGUUCUUAAACUUCGGAAUGAGUUUACCCGGCGAUGGCGAUCGGCCAAAAAUGAUGGCGUUAGUAGCCUACGACGAAGCGAUCGUUCAGUUUUGUCCCUGAAAGAAGUUGACGAAGCCAAUUUUCCGCCUUCAGCGGUCGUAAUGUUUUAAGGGCCGCGCGUUUUCACUAUGCUCGGACAUUCACUCGCUUUUCUUUGACGUUGUACUGACCACUUUUUCAUCUAAUAUCUGCGCAAAAGCAGCCAUUUUUGACUUCGUAAACGGCGGACAAAUUGUAUUUGGCAGGACCACAGCGCCACCUGUCUGUUCGGGAGUCUCACUGUUACGUACAUUAAAAACCACUAAUAACGUCUCAGUCAUUGUGAUGAAUCUGCCGAUUUCUCCGAUUCGCCUUCAAGCACAUUUUGCCAAGCAGGUUUUGUACCGACGCGAAAAGCUGCUUGCCUUUCUGCGACGAGUCACAAAAAGGCGCAAUGUCACUUUUCUCGUAAACGGAGUAUUAUUAGUAGUGGUGCGCUUUUUCAUCUCGCAAUAACGACUGGUUUGAAAUUGGAAAUGAUUCGUAAAUGUUCCUUUAAAAAAAAGACUAGUCAACGAAACUGUACGAGCAAUAAAUCAAAUGGAAUAUAUUAUUUUAAUUAUAAGAAAUUUCCACUCUGAAAAGUAAAUGCGUCCAAAGUACCAUUCAAAGUAUUUUGUCCUUGCUACCGUUUCCCAUGCAAUACGGUAAUAUUUCAGGUAUAUCAACAUUUUCUUUGCCUGUCAACUCGUUAACCCUCUGGACACAACAUACAGUAUUUGUUUCAUUAAUGAGAAAUUGAUUUAAUAAAUUGCAAAAAAAAAAAGUGUUUUUUUGGGGGGGGGACAUUUUUUUCAUAACUGCGCCAUCUGCUAGAGCGCCAAAAUGUGUUAACUCACUAAUGCACAUUUGAACAAAUCAUUGUGUUUGUUAGUAGUAGUUAAUUACUUCCAUUCUUGGACAAUGGAAGCAAAGAUUUAAAAAAAAAUUUUUUUUUAUAACAUACAGUAUGAGCAUCUGAGAACUGCAGUGGGCCAACUCCAUUUACUUCAGGGGUAUCCAACUCUGGUCCUUGAGAGGGCCUAUCCAGCCUGUUUUCCAUGUCUCCCUCCUUUAACACACCUGAAUCAAAUGAUCAGCUAUUAUUGGAGUCAGGU